AUGAAGCGCCAGUCGUUAACGAAAUCAGGGAGUGCCGAGAAAAAGGACGAUAACGUCUCAGAAAAACCACCGCGAAUUUCCCAAGUAUCGCGAGUUUCGCGAGUGUCGGUUUACGAUCCUCGUGCCCGUUCUAGGAGCAGAGUCAGCUCGGAUUUCGGUGCCCAUGGUCAAGGUUUCGCUUGGAGGGCCAGCGGCAAGGGAAAGUUUAAGACUCCGAAGUACCAGAACAGCUACAGGCUCGAGCCGUACUUGCCGUUCAAGUUCGAGUUUUCCGACAAACUGCUCGUCCAAACGAUGACCCAAAAACUCGAGAACCUGCGCUACGAUCCCGAAACUUGCGUCGAACUCUGCCAGAGCAUGGCCGGGGAGAUUCGCGAGAAGCUUUACAAGACCGAUUACGACCGGGUCAAGUAUGUCGUCUCGAUGACGAUAAUAGAAAAUGCGGGACAGUCGCUGGUUGUGGGAAACGGAAGAUUGUGGGACAGCGAAAGGGACACUUAUUCGGUGUUCGUCUUUGACAAUCCGUUCUUGUAUGCCGUUGGAUUGGUCGUGGCACUCAACUAUGAAUAA